AUGGCACCAUCCGCGGCCAUGCACAGCCAUCACCUCGGCGCGCGCGGCACCGGCGGCCUUCUCGACCUCUCCGGCAUCCCGCCGCAGCAGCAGCAUCUACCCAGACAAGGUCUCCGUCUACCACCGCCUCACCCACCGGCCCUCCGAGUCGCCCGCGCCGCCGACGAGCCUGAUCCUCGAGUGCGUGGUCCUGUCGCACAACCACCGCCGCAUCGCGGCCCGCGUGUUCGAGGACAUCGCCAUCUACGACUACAGGCGGGCGGCCAAGACGGCGAUGCCGGCGUUCAUGCACGCCAUGCUGGACCGGACGUGGGACGAGCAGGUGGCGGCGGCGGGGCGCAGCCGGCGGCGGAUCUGGGAGCUCGUGGCCGAGGUGGAGGCGCUGGAGGGGGAGACGUGGAACCGCGAGGGCGCCGUGGAGGACCUGGGGAGCGCGGCGACGAAGAGGUGAGCUCGCUGGCAUGUGUGUUUCUGGCUGGAAGGGCCGGGGCCGGGUGUAGAUAUGGUGGCCCUGCGCACAGCUAG